GCGUCCGCGGUACCCUCCGGCCGCCGUAGCCCGAGUUACUAUGGAAACCCAGCUUCCGCGCAGAUGUCGCUGCCGCAGGCCGCUCCAUCGCGGGUAUUCGUGGAACUGGUUCCCUGGGCUGACCGCGGCCGGGAGAAGGACCUGGUCUCCAGCGGAGAGACUCUGCCGGCCACCUGCCGGGCCCUCUCCUCCGCACCGGCCCAAACUGCGCCCCGCGAGGUGCACGUCAGCGGCACCGCGGCGGUGUCGGCGCGCCCCGACCGGGCGCAAGUGGUAGUGCGCGUGGGCAGCACGAAGGAGGCGGCGGCCGAGGCCAAGCGGAGCGUGAGCCGCCGCCUGGACUACGUCGCGCAGAGCCUGCGGCAGCAGGGCGUGCAGGCAGAAAAUAUAAUUGUAACGAAGGAUUUUAGAAGAGUGGAAAAUGCUUAUCACAUGGAAGCAGAGGUCUGCAUUACAUUUACUGAAUUUGGAAAAAUGCAAAAUAUUUGCAACUUUCUUGUUGAAAAACUAGAUAGCUCUGUUGUCAUCACUCCACCCCAGUUCUAUCAUACUCCAGGUUCCACUGAAAACCUUCGACGGCAGGCCUGUCUUGUGGCUGUUGAGAAUGCAUGGCGCAAAGCUCAAGAAGUCUGUAACCUUGUUGGCCAAACCCUAGGAAAACCUUUACUAAUCAGAGAAGAAGAAACAAAAGACUGGGAAGGCCAAACAGAUGAUCACCAGGCAUCGAGACCCUCAGAUUCACUGACUAUGCAAGAAAAAAUCAAAAAGACAACAAUACACGCCACUUCAAGAGUAUUUGUAACAUUUGAGGUAAAGGGGAAAGAAAAAAGAAAAAAGUAUCUCUGAAAUUCCAACCAAAAUAUGUUGUGUUUGUGCCUUUUUACGUACAUUUAUACUCUACGUAAUGUUUCCUUCUGUCCUGAAGAUACAUAUAUUAUAGUAGAUAAACUGUCCCUGCAAAAUCUGUUGGCUCUGAAAUUUAGUCCCACAGAAUUCUUAUGUUCAUUUUGUUUCUAUUUUCCAAAUCUUACUCUUAGAAAUAGUCUUGGGAAAUAAAUGUAUUAUGUAUACACUUUUGUAUACUAGCAUUUCAUACAGUGUAUGUGUAAUAUUUUCCUAUAGGAAGAAAUAUCAACUGGUUAUUUUGUACUAAUAAAAAGAAUUUUUAUGUUCCAUCAAA